UAAUAGCGAAGAUAUUGAAAUAACCUUUGCUAAAAAUGAAAGUACAAAAGCUACUACUAUUGAAAGUGCUAAAACAACCCCUACUAACAGAAAGCGUAAAGUUGAAAACUCUCAUUCAUAG